UUUUCUCAUUUUCCCUUCCCCACUUCAUAUCCGAAAGGACCGAAACCAAAGGAAAGCAACAAACAUAACAGAAGGAGGAGAGUGGAGACCAUGCUCUCGCUCUAUUGCUACUCUUCUUGCUCAUUUUCUUCUUCUUCAAAACUAUUUCAAACCUCACCUUCUCUCUUCUCCUUCUCCUCUCGAAACCCUAGAAUUCAUUCUAAGUUUUUGAGAACCUUCACAGCCAUUCCUGCCGCUCCAAACUCUGAUGAAGGCCAACAAUCCCUCGCCGGCCGACGAGCCAAUUACGGCGGAGUCAAUCUGGAAGAGACAGUGGAUAUCAACUCAGGAAAGCUCAGGCUUGAUUCUUGGAUUUCUUCUCGCAUUACCGGCAUCAGUAGAGCUCGCGUCCAGUCCAGUAUUCGCUCCGGCCUCGUCUCUGUCAAUGGCCGCAUUGUCGACAAGGUGUCACACAAUGUCAAAGCUGGAGAUAUGGUAAAUUGCACUAUUUCAGAGUUGCAACCCUUGAGGGCUGAGCCAGAAAACAUACCUUUGGAUAUAGUUUUUGAAGAUGAGCAUGUACUAGUCGUUAACAAGCCUGCACACAUGGUUGUGCAUCCAGCACCCGGGAAUGCUUCUGGCACACUUGUUAAUGGCAUUCUUCAUCAUUGCAGUCUUCCAUUUGCUGCAUUUUCAAAUGAGGAAAUUCUUUCUGAUGCUGAGGAUAUUUCUGAUGAUGAUUUGAGUACUGAUAAAAGUCCUAACAAGUUAAAUUUUAGCAUAAGUGGGGCAUCUAUUCGCCCAGGGAUUGUUCACAGAUUGGACAAAGGCACUAGUGGAUUACUUCUUGUUGCAAAGGAUGAACACUCACAUGCCCAUUUAUCUGAACAAUUUAAGCUACACACUAUCCAAAGAGUAUACAUCAGUCUUACUUCUGGAAUUCCAUCUCCAAUUGCUGGACGUGUUGAGGUGCCAAUUGGUCGUGAUGUAAAUAAUCGGAUUCGUAUGGCUGCUAUACCUGGAUCAAACAACUGUAGACAGGCCCGCCAUGCUGCUAGUAGGUACAAAGUAAUAGAAAUACUUGCUGGCGGUGGUUCUGCAUUGGUUGAGUGGAGAUUAGAAACUGGACGCACUCAUCAGAUACGUGCGCAUGCAAAGUACAUGGGAAUUCCUCUUUUAGGUGAUGAGGUGUAUGGAGGGACCAAGAGCAUGGCCUUGUCACUGCUUCGGCCUAAAACUGCAGCAAGCCAUCAUGGGCAACUUUUGCAACUGGUUUCUGGAUUGGAAAGGCCUUGCCUCCAUGCUUUGGCCCUUGGGUUUAGGCACCCACACACGAUGGAGAAUGUGUACUUUUCAUGCCCUCCACCUGCAGAUUUUGCUGAAAUCCUGAGCCAACUUCGUAAAAUUGGUACACAGAAGCCUUCAUUUAAGGAAUGAUUGAAUUUGAUUAAGCAAGCUACAAUGUAAAGACUGCCCAGAACCGGAACUGAUUAGCCAACUUGGGAUUGGCAUAUGCUUUUAGCAUGCUGGUGAAGGCAAUGGCAAAGAAGACAUCGGCUAAGUAAACCAUGUGCAUUUCCAAUACCUGAUGCUUCAGCAGCCUUUUGUGGAUGAUAUGGCUCAAUAAUUAAAAAUGAAGAUCUAAAGUUCUAGUGGUCGCUCCCCAGUUGCAGUGAAGUUGGAAUUUUUAGGAUGUCUUACGUAACAAAUCUGUGAUUUUUUUCUUCAUUCUUUUUAAAACCCCUACUAGAGCCAGUAAUUGUACUGUUAUAACACUAUGAUCCUUUUAUGCUUAUUUAUCUUCAUAAAUGUCAUCCAUACCAACAACCAUAAGAAUUCUUUUGUUGUAUGAAUGUUUAUGUAUAAAAAUUGCCCUCUUUAAAGAGGUGUCUUCGCCCUGAAAAGCCAA